AAUUUUUUGAUUAUAGUUAUUUAUUUCCUGGUCGCUUAUCUUAACCUAGCUCUUAUUGCUCUUGCAGACUCAGAUAAUGACGAUCAACGUCAGAGUCAACGCUCUGAACAUGAUGUGGUUGAUACAACCAAAGAUUCCAAGACGUCAGACGAGUCUCCUGAGUCAGUGGGUUCUGAAGUUCCCAACCUCAGUGAUCCUAUCCUGAAAAUGCUUGGCACGGACAAGCGUAUCCUGAAAGACAAGACUUACAAUCUCCACCCUGAACUUUCUGCAUGCUGGAAAGAUAUUGUUUCAUCUGGGCUGGAAAAAGAUGCUAAAACUAAAUUGAUUGAUAGUUAUCCCGAUAAGGGAAACUGUACUCUCCUCGUUGCUUUGGGACAAGCUAUUUCAAAUAUUUUUAACGAUGACAAUGAUCUUGUCGAUAAAAAUGAGUUAUUACAACUCCUUUGUGACUCCAGCAGUUUGAUGUGCGAGUCAAUGUAUCAACUGGGUAAAUCAAGGCGUUCACAGAUUUAUUCUUGUGUUGGUGAUAAAAGAAAAUCUGUGCUUGAAGACUCAGUCACCGACGAAUUUCUGUUUGGCCAAGACCUUAGUAAGCGGAUCAAGAACUCUGUCAUCGUAGAAAAGACUGGUUUGUCUAUGAAGACCCAACCUCCAAGGAAAGAUUCUUCAAAGGAGGUGACUCCUUUAAACUGGAAGAGCCCAUCUGCUUCACGCUUCAAAGUCAAACAGACGGGCUAUCAACGCCUCCCAUUUAUGAAAUCAGCCCCGCAGAACAAGACCAAUCAGGUCUCAACUUGA